CUCACUCACUGAUAAGUGAUAAGCUACUUUCCUAAAAAAACUCACAAAAAUGGCAGCCAUCUUUGAUAUUAUGGUCUAUCUUAGAUUUCCUUCACUCUUUCUUCCAGUAAUACUUCUUGUAAUGAUUAGAAUCACAAGGCAGUGGCUAACUAACAGAAGAAAGAAAUUGCUGCCAAUUCCUCCGGGGCCCAAACCUUGGCCCCUCGUCGGAUCUUUCCCGGAGAUUGUCGUCCGAGGAAAGCCAGCAUUCCGGUGGAUACACAACUUCAUGGACGAAAUGAACACUGAAAUCGCAUGCAUCCGUCUCGGGGGCACUUACGUGAUUCCGGUCACUUCCCCGGAGCUCGCUCGCGAGUUCCUUAAGAAGCAAGACUCGGUUUUCUCGUCCAGGCCCGUUUGCAUGUCCGCCGAUCUUAUCAGCAACGGAUACUUGUCGUCCAUCUUUCUCCCCACCGGCGAUCAAUGGGCGAAAAUGCGAAGAGUUCUCCACUCUCACGUGCUUUCUCCGGCGAGCCUCCACUGGCUUCACGAUAAAAGGGUGGAAGAAGCCAAUAACCUAGUUAAAUUCAUCUACGAUCAGUGCAAAAUCUCCGGUACCGGCGGCAUGCAUGUUGUUAACGUCCGCACUGUUACACGGCAGUACUGUGGAAAUGUCAUAAGCAAGAUGGUAUUCAACAAGCGGUUCUUCGGCAACGUAAUGGAAGAAGAAGAAGAAGAGAUCCUUAAGGCCCUCUUCGCACUUCUUCAAGCUCUAUACGGAUUGGGAAUUUCUGAUUAUAUCCCAUGGCUGAGUAUAUUCGAUAUCGGUGGCCAUAAAAGCACCAUCAAGAAAGCUUUGUCAGUAAUGAGAAAACACCUUGAUACCGAAGUGGACAAGAGGAUGCAAAUAUGGAAAGAUGGGACUAAAACUGUGGAAGAAGACAUCCUAGAUGUUCUUGUUAUGCUCAAGGAUAAUGGUGGGAGUCCAUUACUGAGUGAUACAGAGAUCAAAACACAAGUUCUGGAAAUGAUGCUAGCAACCACGGAUAAUCCAUCAAAUGCUGUGGAAUGGGCACUUGCGGAGAUGAUAAACCAACCAAAACUACUGGAAAAGGCUGUGAAAGAGAUAGACAGCGUGGUUGGGAGGGAGAGGCUGGUGGAGGAAUCCGAUUUGCCUAAUCUAAACUACGUCAAGGCAUGUAUUAAAGAAGCCUUCCGGCUCCACCCAGUGGCGCCGUUCAACAUCCCCCAUGUGGCCGUGGCAGACACCGCGGUGGGUGGCUACUCCAUUCCCAAGGGCAGUCAAGUGCUCCUUAGCCGCGUGGGGCUUGGCCGGAAUGCAAGUGCUUGGGAGGAGCCUCUUAUGUUUAAGCCAGAGCGCCACCUCAAGGAGGACGGUGGAGAAGUGAAUUUAAAUGACACAGAGUUGAAGAUGUUGGCGUUUAGUACUGGGAGACGAGGAUGUCCGGCGGUUAAACUAGGCUCUUUGAUAACUACAAUGUUGAUGGCUCGGCUUCUUCAAUGCUUCACUUGGGAUGUCCCUCCUACUUUGCCAUGCAUAAGGUUAAUCGAGUCUAAACAUGAUCUCUUUCUUGAAACCCCACUCUUGGCACUUGUGGAACCCAGAUUGCCUGGGAAUCUCUACUUAUAGUCAUCAAUUACAUAAAUAUUUAAUUUCCCACCCUUGCUUAUAAGUACUUCAUACUUGUCUUGAAA